AUGGAGGGAGCCCAGAGCUGGUCCGCGUGCGGUGCGAUGGGGAAGAGGGGCGCGACGUUCUCAAACAGUACGGCGGAGAGUGUCACGCCGAAGAAUCCUUUCUGGACACGUAGGGCCGUACCAAGGAUCAGCCUGCAAGUGGGUGCGCGGCGAGUUCACCAACGAGGACGACAUGGACGCGUACACCGUGUCGAUAAUGACAACCAGCGGGAGAACAAUAGUCAAGCCAGUCGCGACUCCAUGCACUGCAUCCGCCCGCGUCUGAAGCGUCUACACUUGGCCAUUCUGUGA